GAGCAGUUGGCCAGUUUCAAAAAUAUGAUCUAGGCGAGGUGUGCUCGCCUGAAGGUGUGGGAUUUUGGUAUUUGGUGCCAACCGAUUGCGGCUUCUUCGCCAAGUUUGGAAAUAUUUUCAACAGCCCAACAGCAGCUGAAUCCAAUUGGGGAGAUGCCGUCAGCAAGCUACAG